UAGAGAUAUGAAGGCUGAAAUGGACACCUCUUCAUGAUUGACACCCGCUGACAUGAUUGAUAGAGUAGCGCUGUUAACCCGCUAAAACGCUGGGCGGAGCAGACGACAGUCGCUAAUGCUUGUUAUUGGUUGACUCCGUUCUACAUGGGAUACACCACAUGUCGGACUGUUUUAAUACAGCUUACACGGUUUACGAUAGAUAAUACUUGAAUGCUACGCUCGGAAUAAGAUCCUUGCUGUGAGAGUUGUUCGGUCUAGUUUCAUAUUCGCAUAAUAAACUGGAGUUGUUCCAUGUAAACUUUAGGAAGGAGUGUUUUAAACAGUAUUGUUAAAGAUAGCGUUGUUUAGUUUUAGAAAAGAAAAUGGGGACAGCGGACAUACAAUGUACAAUGAACUGGAUAAGAACAAACUAGGAUGGAAUUUAACGAAGAUAAUUUUGAAGCUGGCUUAAUGCCAUGUUUAUGUGUAGACGAACGGUGAUUGUUUUUAGUGGGAUUUGCAGUGGCAGUUCUUUACAGCCUUUUCAUGACUGAUUUAUAGUAUACAAGUGAAGAGAAUGGCCGCGGCAGGUGUAACAAUAACAGUAUUGUUGUUAUUUCUCUCGUGCUCGUUGUGCACGAGCGGGAGAACGGAAGGGACUGGUAUUGUCAGGUCAUGCGACGUUAUUAAACUGGACCUUUGCAAAGACCUAGGAUACAAAGUUACGGGUAUGCCUAAUGUAGUCAAUCAUACGAAUGUCAAAGAUGCCGAGUUGACUUUGCAAACUUUUUCACCUCUCAUACAGUACGGAUGCUCCAGUAAUUUGAGAUUCUUCUUGUGUUCGGCUUAUUUGCCCAUGUGUACACAGAAGGUCAAAACCACUAUUGGACCUUGUCGACCAUUAUGUGAAAAGGUCAAAAGUAAAUGCCAGCCAGUGUUAAUAGAUUUUGGCUUUCCUUGGCCAGAUGCUCUGAACUGUUCGCAGUUUCCUGCAGAAAAUAACCAAAAACAUAUGUGUAUGCCAGGUCCAGAUGAGGUCGAGGAAGAAGGUCAUUCGAAACCACGAGAGAAAAUCGGUUACACAUCGUCAAAAUACAAUAGAGUGCCGUCAAUCCAAGAGACAACACUAAUAAAACCAAAAGAAGUUCCAUGUGGACACUAUAGUCAUCCAGAGAAUUACAUAUAUAUCAAUAGAACAAAAAGGUGUGCUUUAAAAUGUGAUCAAAAUGAGGCAUUCACAGGAAAAGAUAAAUAUUUUGCCGAUAUUUGGAUGUCGAUAUGGGCAGGCCUUUGCUUUGUUUCAACUUUAUUUACUGUUAUGACAUUUAUAAUCGACUCCCAAAGAUUUAAAUAUCCUGAGAGACCUAUUAUUUUUCUAUCAAUGUGCUACAAUUUCUACAGUAUUGCUUAUAUAAUUCGACUUAUUUCGGGUCGCGAUUCCAUUGCUUGUGAUAACAUCGAUAGUCAUAGCAAAGUCAGAAUUUUAAUCCAAGAAGGCUUAGAAAAUACAGACUGUGCCAUAGUUUUCUUACUUCUUUAUUUUUUCGGGACGGCAAGUUCCUUAUGGUGGGUAGUUUUAACCUUAACAUGGUUCCUGGCUGCGGGUCUGAAGUGGGGCCAUGAAGCGAUUCAACUCCAUAGUACAUUUUUCCAUCUUGCUGCAUGGGCUUUGCCUGCAAUCAAAACUAUUCUAAUUCUUGUAAUGAGAGACGUAGAUGCGGACGAGUUAACUGGGAUAUGCUAUGUUGGAAACCAAAAUAAUAAAACGUUAAUUGGUUUUGCAAUUUCUCCGUUGUUAGUUUAUCUACUUGUCGGAACAAGUUUCAUUAUCGCAGGCAUUGUUGCAAUGUUCAAUAUUAGACGACGUGUUCGUAGUGAUGGAGUACGGACGGACAAACUUGAGGUGCUAAUGAUUCGUAUUGGAAUAUUCUCAGUGUUAUAUACAGUUCCAGCCAUGUGUGUUAUUGGAUGUUUAUUUUAUGAAUUUGUAAACAGAGAUUCAUGGUAUUUCUCAAACAGUGAUAGUUCACCAAAGAUUGAAGUGUUUAUGUUAAAAGUAUUUAUGAACCUUGUUGUUGGGAUAACUAGUGGUAUGUGGAUUUGGUCCCAAAAGACCAUCACGUCUUGGCAAAACUUCUUUACCAAAUUGUGUUUGCGUAGAGACGACAAAAAACAUGCAAAAACUUACACUGUGCCAGUGUAUCAUUAUCAACAGAUUCCAGUCAAAAACUCUCGAACUCUUCGACAUGAGAAAUCCAAACGGACAGAUUCUAACAGCGGUACAAUAGUGUAGUAAGACAACUAGAGCAUUUAAAGUGCUAUAAGCACACGUAUCACGUGCAGAUAGCAUUUUAAUGCUUUUAUGAUUAACAAAAAUGCAUUAUAGAGUAUCUCGAUAGUAUUAUUUGUGUACUAUUUUUGUAAAAAAAACUUCCCUCGUCAUUUCAAAGGUGCCGUUUUGUUCUCAUGUUGUCUGUGGUAUCCGUGUUGUUUUAUGUAAAUGAUCAUCAGUUUUAAAAAUGCCAAAGAGUUGAAAUUUCUUAUAUACAUGUACUUAUAUAUACUUACUGUCUUUAGUAGUCGCUGCAAGUUCUUUUAAUAAUGUAUGAUACACCAUUGGAACAACUAAUGGAGUCGAUAUGACUGCCAACAGGGCCAUCUGUUUUAUCCAAAUAAUUCAUAGUGAUAAAACCUUUGUUGAUCCCUAAAUUUCAAAUUUACUGGUCUUUUGUGACUCUUCUUUAACUAUCACAAUUGUCUUCGAAAUUACUUUUACAACACGGUUUAUACAUAUAUUGUUUUCAUCACCUCCAAUAGUAACAAAAAUCAUUGAAGUCUCCGAGAAUGAUGAUAAUAUUUAAGAUAAUUCUGAUCUUUUGGAUCACUUUUUUUUGUUCAGUGUUAACACCCCAUACAGUAUCAAUUUUAAAAGCUAGAUUAUUUCCUUGUUUGGUCUGUUGUGCUUAUAUCUUUACCUUUGGAAAAAAAGUUUUUUACUUUUACAUUCAACCAUUAAUUCCUCAUAUUUCAAAUGUCAGACAGGGCUAUAAUUCAGAUCACCAAAGAAUAUAAAUUUAAUGUUUGCUUGUCAUUUUCUCUACCGAGAUUCCUUUCAAAUGAAGUUUGAAAUCCGAAUUUCAUGUAAAAUUGAAUGGGACGGGUACCUAGACCAUAAAACACUUAUCGGUAUUUACUCUUUCUAAAUAUACCAAUUGUAAAUCACACUGAAUAGAAUAUAUAACCAUUAAAAUUUGUCACUCGAUUCAUAAAUCAAUAAGUUAUUGAUGACUUUGACAGCUGUAAAAUUAUAUACAGGUCACUACGUUUCACUAAUUUUUGUCUUCGGUGUUAAUGCCAUGUCAGUUAUUUCAUACGGUUUGUUCUUGUGUUUAUUUUCUGCUCUUGAUUUUCAAGCGUUAUAAAAGCUGUUUUUUGCUUUUUUCGGGUCAUGAAAUAUCGUGCCAUCAUUUGUAUGCAUUGUCUUACUUUGAAGUUUAAUUACAUAGGAAACUUUAGUGUUUUUAAAGCAAUAUUGCCCUUGAAGGUUACACGUAUUUUGGCUAACGUAGUCGGCUGUUUGACUGCUGUAAUUGCCUUAACACUGUAUCCCAUAUUUAUAUAUUGAUUAUUCAAGUAACACAGGGCACUUUGGCUAUUCUCAAUUAUUUGGUUUUAUCACAAAAUCUGUGUACAUUUAUCGUAAUUACAAUCUAAUGGAAACAGACCCUCGUCAUCUGUUGACAGUGUACUAUAAUUGCCUGGAACUUUUGAUUCUUGGAUAUAUUUAAUCGAUAAAUCCAUUUCAACCCUCUUUUAUAACUACAUAAUCUUUAUUGAUUUGAAACGCUAUGAAUUGAUUGAACUGUCAGACGGGACCUUGUUCAAAUCCAUGUGACAGAAAUAGUUUUGUUGUUAUAUAAACGAUCUUUGAACCUUUAUCUCGCUUGUAUCCAUACUGAUACCCUUUUGUCCAAUUUUAAAAAGAAAUUUAUUUAAUUCUAUGCAGUUUAUCUUACGGUUUUCUCGGAGAAUUCGUUCGUGCCAUCUACGUUUGUUGUUGUUGAUCUCUACUUCUUCUACUGCAAUUAUAAAAGUUUAUUCCGUGCUGUUUUAAAGGUGUUUUUAGAAUCGUUUCAGAUCUCCUUGCGUGGAAUUUUGAACUGAUUUAAUUUUCUUUCGAACUGCAAUAUUUACGUAGGGUAAUUAUCGAAGUGUUGAGUGAGAAUGAAAUAUACAAAUUAUCUUAUAAACUCUUCCAGAUCAGCAGCUAAGAAAUGUAGUUUUAAUGCAAAAACACUUCUGCUUCCGCUUAUUUCCAGCAAACUACUAUCUAAUCUCUCACUGAAGGUUUUCUCAGCCACUUCAAUUAUUUCAAUUUUAAAAACUGUAAACACUUUCUUCUUUAAUGCAUGAAAAGCAAAAAGACUCAUUUUCAAUAAACAUUACAUAGUUGCAAAGGUUAGUUUGAAUAUAAACCUACUAAAUUUUCUCUUAUUUCAUUGCUAAUUUGUUUGAUUGUUUAAUGGCUUCCCUGAGUAUGAUUUGGUAGCAUUUAAUAUGCAUCAGCAAUGGCUUUUUUAUUUGUUAUAUUCCUAGUCAUAAUACUUGAGGGCUUAAGGACUUAUAUUGUUAUGAAUUGCUUUAUGUGACUCGUUUACACAGCACAGGUUCAACUCAUCAAAACUCUAAGGGUAUACAGAAGGUCGCUUGUAAAGUUAAUAACGAGCUGGAUGUGUGAUCCCGAGUUAGAUGCAUGAAGGAUUAAUUAGCGAUGAUAUAGCGCUACUUCUCUUUAUUGACAUCCUGAUAGAUUAUUAUUGCAGCGUUUCAAUUUAUGGUCGGAUUACCCUGACUGACAUUUUAUUGCUAUAUCUACCUUCUGCUUUUCCGAUUUUCGUCAACUGGCAGAGGAAUGGUUUUAUAUUUUGCUCGCAAGAGUAAUAAAAAAUUUCUCCAUGCAGCUGCGAAUAGGAAAUGAUUAUAAAUUUGCCAAAUGUUAUCGGUAUACUUGAGGAUUUAGAAAUAAAACAUUGUUCUAAAACUGUCAAACAGGGCUAUCAUUUUUAUCUUGCAUUCUCAAGUGGGCUCCUCCAAAAGGUAUUUGCAUAUUUAUAGUAAACAAAGGAAAACUGCGUUCGAUCUAAAAUUAUGAAAAAUAUGCAAUAAAAGUAGUCAGCCUCGUAAUCCGCGUUGUGAUUCUCACUACAAAAUCGAAGAUGUUGGUUAUUAAAAUUUUAACUUGAUAGAUCAUUUUGGCGGUAACUCGUCUUUAUGCACAUGGCCUUUUUUGAUUUAUGUAGUUAAGAUCUUGUGCAUAUGUUAUCGCUACCUCUAAUCGUCUUUACUGGCUAUACAUGUUUUCUAGCAGAAAAAAAUAACUGCGAACCCCAUAUCCUCCAGAAUAUCUGAAUCAGAUCUCUCCAAGACGUUGUUAAGCUUUUCCAGACCAGCUCUGCUUUAUGUUUUGACUGCUGGAAAUGAUUAUUUUAGACACGGUGGUCGGUAUGAUUGUUAACAAAAGCAUUAAACUCGUGCUGAUGCACGUUUUCAAAGUGGCGGUGUGCAUUAAGAUAUAGAUGCAUUUGAGAAUAAAGUUAUGUAUAAAAUAAUCUUAUCUUAUAUCCCGUUCAGCAUCGGAAUGUAUCUUACACUUAGCUUGCAUAUCUUAGCUACUGAAAUUAGAAAUGGGUUUUUGGUUUGUAAAUAAUCAGUUGGAAAUUAUGUUCUAAUAGAUUUUCCUUGUUGUACUACAAUGUUUUCAUAUUUGUUGCAAUUGUAGAACGGUUCAAAAAUCAUGUUUAGUGCUAAUGCAUUGCAAUUUAACCUUUUCCAUUUUUUCUCUUGUACCCUUUUCUUUUGAACUGUUUACAUUAUAUCCUAAUCUUAUCGGGUGCUACGCUAUUAUCGUUUAAGUAUCAGGAGUAUUCAAUGUAUUUUCAAGUCAUACACCAUUUCUUCUCUUAGGAGAAAAACUACGUUAAAUGCUUGUCUAUAAUAUUCUACUUAGAAUGUUUUGCCUCAUAUUUUAUUUUAACAUUUUACGUCACCCACUGUGAAGCUUUUUAACUGACAUUUUUACUCCCGUUUUCAUAUAUCAUUUCCCCAAAGAUUAUGCAUUCAGCAAGUUUGUAAUUUUUGCUUGGUCUGUGUUAAAUUGCAUUUUCGGGGCGUAUUUUCAGCACUCACUUCUGUCUUGUUUUUAUUUCAAGAAUGUGGUGUGUUUUCAGAACAAAUUAAAUAGAUUACGAGUUCCAGUUCAACACAUUGUUUAUUUCAAUCAGUGUAUGUAAAUUAUCUGUGUUACGGAAAACAUCUAAAUGUAAAUUUCGAUGUUCUUUUCACUAGUGGGAAACGUGUUUAUGAAUAUUUUCAAUUGUUUAGCGUCAUAAAGUAGCGGUAUAAGAAUUGUGUCAUUAAUCAUGAACCCUUUUACCACCUGAACAUUACAUUCUAUGUUACAGCUACUCUUUCUUUUAACCCUUACCCUGCUAAAUUUUUAUAAUGAACUUGUCCAUCUUUCAAUUUGGACAGUACCAUUGACAGUUAAAAGGGGUGCUUACCAAAAAAAUACUGUAUGGCGAACAGUGCAGAUCUUGAUCAGACUGCACGGACGUGCAGGCUGAUCAAGAUCUAAACUGGUCGCAAAGGCAGAAUGAAUUGUGUCCAGCAUGAUAAGAGUUAAUAUUUAUACUUAAUUGAACUUUCAACAAUGGAAAUAUUUAUUGCUGUUAAUAUAUUUCAAAUCUUAUAAUGGUAUAAUGGUUUGGCCAUAUUAACAACAACUGUUUUCCUGAUAAACACAAACAUGUCGAGAAUUAGUAAUCUCCAACCAAUAAUUAAGCUUAAUUUUGUAAAUAAAUAUCAGUUUAUUAGCCUUUCUUUGUCCGAAAUGAAAUGGAAAAGCUGUUAUUUAUAAGAUUGGUGGUCUGAUCUAUAAAAGAAGUUGACACUUCACCAAAACUGAAUCAAUUUUCUGAAAUAUGUUGCUUAUUAACUAGGCGUACUACGCUCUCAAUGUCAAAAAGAUUACGGUCUAAUUUAUUCUGGUGUUUUCUAUGUACCCCGCAAUACUUAUUCAUGUUCUAUGUGUGUAUUAUGAAGAAAUCCGACACCUGGGCUAAAACCUAUGAAAGAAUUUUAAAUACUAAAAUAUGAUAUGCAUCUUCCGUGGCCGCUCUUGAUAUACACUGUCCUACGAUAAUUUCUUUGCCGUUUUAUGAAAUUUAGUUUAUACAAAUUUAUUUAUAUCGCAAAAGAUAUGCAUGUUCUGUCUUAAAUGUUUAAUUCUUAUGCAUACUUUUUUGCUUUGAUAAGGCAGUGAGAUCCUUAAUGAACAAUAUAAACUUCAUGGUCAGCAGUAUGCAAUGUAUGAAUAAUUACAAGAACUUGACAGUGUUACGGAAAAUAAUAAAAUUUUGGAAGCCGAGAAUGCAACCAAGUAAGGUGAUGAUACAGAAUCGGCUUUGAUUGCAUAUGUUCAUGAGAGGUGGUGAAACACUCAAACUUUAGACUCUUCCACUCUGAAUUUUAGAAAGCUCUUCGACUUUCAUGGUUACUAAAAGUGUAUACAUAUUUCCCUAUCUGUUGUUUAGUCUGCUGUUUACAAAAAUAUUGUGUAUUUUGAUCAUUUGUCAAGGUGUAUCGCAGCAUUUGGAGGGUACAAUGAUCUUAACUGUAAGCGUGUAAAUUCAUUAUGUGUAUAAUUGUGUCAUUUUGUUAUGGUAAUUAAAUUUCGUUCGGCUUCUUUAAUACAGUAUUAAUGUAUGAUUCAUUCGGUAUUACAUGAAUGCCCUUUUAUCACUAAAUGGGAUUUUUUCAUCCUUUCAAAUGUAUUCACUGUUAGGUACGGUUUUAAAUCUAUAUCAUUAAUACUGUAUUAUAUUUCAUUUUAAUGAAACAAAAUUCUUAAACCCAAAUACGUUAAAGUCUCUUUAUUAUAUUGAUACUCUAUCUCUGCUUCCCGGUCCAAAUAAUUAGAAUUAAUAAGUCAAGGCUUUAGUACAUGAAAACUUUAUUUGUAACUGUUUAUUCUAUAUAGAUAAAUUCUUUUUGUGUCGGCAGAUGGUUAUAUCAGUUACGUGGUAGUUAAAAUCCAAAACGUAUAGCUUCAGAUAGGAAUCUUUCCGUCUGACCCUAAGGAUUAAUUUGGUUUGGAUUUCCAAGUUUAUAUUUCAUUUCUUCACUGUUACUAUAUACGUCACGCAUUGCUUCGUGAAAAUUUAAAACAUCAUGCAAACAUUUCGCGGUAGGUCCUAGAUGACAUCUGAAUGAGGCAACAUUUCAUCCGACACUAGGCAAGUAAUAGCUGGGCUAUUUACCGUAAUCUGUUCUGGCUUAUUUCAGCAAUGUAUACUGCACUUGUAAUUAUAUAUUUAAAAUGGCAUGAAUUCAGCUUUGUCAAACGUGAUGUCUUCCUGCUGUUACGUUGCCAAGAAUUUUGUUAGACGAAAUGUCGUGCAUUUAAGUGCUGAAACAAUAUUAACGAAUGGUAUUUUCAAUAUUUUGCUUAUCUUCAAGAAUUUUAAUUAUUACUAAAUAUUCAGCAAGAUUUUUUUCUGAUCUUUAUUCCACAUUCAGCACAAUACACAUAAACGUGAUUUAUGUCAUCUUUUUUUUUCUCAAAAUUCUUUCUAUUAAAAAUAACAUUUUCUUAUUCAGGUUGUUUUUUUUUAAAUUUCAGUUUGACAGUUUUUCUAUGAGAACUGUAAAAAUGCAGAUUGUUUACUGUUCAGAAACGAGUACAAUUAUGUUUAGCACUAAAUAUAUUCUGAAAACGGCUGUUUUAGUAGCAUUAUUGUAUAACUUGUACAACACAGUGUUUCGUUAAAAUAUUUUUACAGUGAGUUGUUACAUUUCUUAGUAUUACUGUUUGUUUUUCCCUUUUGCUAUGUCAAAAUCUGUAUAAAUUUAUGAUUGUUCUUUUCUGCAAACGAGAUCGAGUAUACCACAUAUUAAUGUAGAAAUUAAAUAUGUAUGUCGGCAAGACAAUUAUCUUACCGUUAAAUUGAUAAGCACGUUUACAGAUUCCAACACGUUGUAUGUAUUAUGAGAAAAUCUCUCAGCAUUUAUAUAAAAUUCAGGGCAUCAACUUGUACCAUAUAUAUGUGUUAAUUGAAUGUUUUGUUAUUUAUAUGAUGAAAAAAAAUAAAAUGACUACAAUAUUAAAUAA